AAUUUAUACACGUAUAAAGAUGUUUAAGAUUUUGGCUUUGCUAUUAAUUGUUUAGCUCUAUGCCUCUGAUCCUAAUACUUAAAAUGCUGAAUUUGAUGCAUAAGCAUAAUAGCAAUAACAAGCUGAAAUAGAAAAUGAAGGUCAGAAGUAAGUUAAAUGUUAAUUAUAAUAGAGUAAUAGCCAAACUUACAGCAUGUUGGGUCUUAUCAGUUUAGGAGUUAUCAGAAGAAUAGAAAUCAGUGAAUGAAAUAAUUAAGAGUCAAUCUAAUUAGAAUAGGGAAUCUAUUUUUUACAAGAUCUAGACGACUAUGUUGGAAGAAUGUUAUUCAAGGGCUCCUGAUGAAGAGUUAGCAAAUGUGAUGAGAUCUAUUUAGGAUGAUAAUAAGAAUUACAAAUCAUUCAAAUAACAAAUACCAGAUUUCAGCUUUGAAUAAUUUACUAAUGCCUCAUUUGAUUGGACUUUCACAAAAAAUGAUGAAACUUUAAUGAAAUAUAUUAGAGUAAAUUUUGGUUUAACCAAUAUUAGAGAUUUGAAGAAUGGGUGACUACAAAAAACACUGUUAGUAGCCCAGUAUAAUAACCAAAUUAAAAAUAGAGUGUUUUUGCUGAGUUAAAAAAGAAGAUAUCUGAGAUGAGUAAGAAGAGCUAAUCAAAAGAUUCCGAAUCCAAUAAUAAGGAGUAAUUGGACAAAUAUUAAUUUUACUUAUCUAAAUAAUAGGGAAUGAAAGAUCCAAUCAAUUUUUUAUUUGCUGGAAUAGCAAUUUUUUGUUUCUGUUUAGUGUUUUACUUUGGUAAUGAUUUUUUAAUUAUCGAAGUUUAUUCCAAAGUUAAGCAAGCUAACUAAGAUCCCAGACUAGAUAAAAAGAAUAAGAAACAAAAAUCAAAAAAAGAGUGAUUAGAUAUUAAUAUUUUUUUUAAAUGCAAUAAUAUUCGCC